CCCAAUUUUCUUGACCCGGCGUAUCGGCCCCGCCUAUACUUUUUGGGCGGUUACGAUAACCCGUUCCCGCUAACGGAUUUCCUCCCAACGCAUCCGCUUCACCCCUCUUGUGCUGCCGUGUCUCAACCUGCAUCCCAACCGCCCACUCCUGAGUUGGUCGACCAGCUUACUCAGACUGCCUUGACCGCCCUUGGGGCCAUUUCCGACGGCGCCGCGGUGGAGGAAUGGCGGGUGUCCUGGCUGGGCCGGCGCGGUCAGUUCACCGGCCUGCUGCGCGGACUGUCUGGGCUGGACCCCGACCUGCGUCGGGAAGUUGGCGGGCGGGCUAACCAGGCCAAGAACACCCUGGAAGAGGCGCUGGCUCGCCGCACCCGCGAGAUUGCCCAGGCCGAACUGGAAGCCAGCGACCGCCUGGAUGUUACGCUCCCAGGCCGACCCAUCAUCACGGGGCGAUUGCAUCCCACCACCCAGAUUGUGCGCGAGAUUUGCCAGGCGUUCAUGGCUAUGGGGUUCAGCGUCGUUGAGGGUCCCGAAGUCGAACUUGACCACUACAACUUCGAGAUGCUGAACAUCCCGUCCGGCCAUCCGGCUCGGGAUAUGUGGAACUCGCUCUGGGUGGAUUACCCCAUGCUGCUGCGGACGCAUACCUCUCCGAUGCAGGCGCGGGUGAUGGAGGCUCAGGAACCGCCGGUGCGCGUGGUGGUGCCGGGCAAGUGCUAUCGCUACGAGGCCACCGACGCGACCCACGAGUGGCACUUCUACCAGGUUGAAGGCCUGGCAGUGGCCGAGGGCAUCACGUUUGCCGACCUGAAAGGCACGCUAUACGAGUUCGCCCGCCGCGUGUUCGGCGAAGACCGCCAGAUCCGCUUCCGGUGCGACUAUUUCCCCUUCGUCGAGCCGGGCGUGGAUAUGUCCAUCUCCAACUUCCGCGACCCGGCCACGGAAGACUGGAUCGAGAUUAUGGGCGCCGGCAUGGUGCAUCCCAAGGUGCUGGCCGGCGUGGGCUACGAUCCCGACCGCUACACCGGCUUUGCCUUCGGCAUGGGCCCGGAGCGAAUCGGGAUGCUGAAAUACGGCAUCGACGAUAUCCGGCAUUUCUACAGCAACGAUGUGAGGUUCCUGCGCCAGUUCUGA